CAAUGGAAAUAUAGGUCAAGUAGUUGAUCAGUGGUUAAGAGAAGAGUUUCAUCGUACAUCUCGAGCUAAAUGUUUAAUUCUUAUUGGGUCAUCGGGUACCGGAAAAACAACAUUUUCUAAAUCAUUACCUGGUCAAUAUACAUAUUUCAAAGGACGAUGGAGUUUAAAUACAUGGAAUGAUUCUGCUAAUUAUUUAAUAUUUGAUGAUAUCGAUUGGGAUAGAUUUGAAGAAUUAGGCUUUCCGUUAAAGAAAGAUUUAUUAACACAAAAUGGCAUUACAAUAACCACUGAUAAAUAUGAAAAAACUAGAGAAAUUAAUGUUACACAGCCGGCUAUUAUUCUUCUCAAUCCUGGUCGACCUGAAGGAGCAUUAGGACGUCAACCAAUUACAUAUGAAGAUCAAUGUGAAGCCACAUAUUGGCAACAACGAGCGACUAUCUAUCGGAUGGGUGAGUAA